AUGCCUGUUGGAAUUGUGAUGCCAAGUGUCCAUCUGCAUUAUCCAAGACUCAGCAGCAAUGGCUACGAUUCGUUGGAUCCUUUUGGCAACAUCAUCAUCACAUGGGAUUUUUUGUCCGACAACGGGGAUUCAGUCGAUGUGAGGGUUUCAAUGUACAACUUCCAACUAUUUCGUCAUGUGGAGGAGCCUGGUUGGAAUUUGGGUUGGGCAUGGAAAGGUGAUGAGGUGAUUUGGGCAAUGUUGGGAGCAGAGGCAAAGGAGCAAGGUAACUGCACAAGAUUUAAAGGACAACAGAAACCACAUUGUUGUGAGAGGCAGCCAGUUAUCAUUGAUCUCAUGCCUGGAACCCCCUACAACAUGCAGACUGCAAAUUGCUGUAAAGGUGGGGUCCUAACAUCCGUAAAACAAGAUGAUACCAAACGUGGUGCCACCUUCCAGUUCAAUUAUAUCAAACCAUCACACUCUGAUUCAGGUGACAAUUUUAACAUGCCCGAAAAUUUCACCCUUGGAAUUCCUGGCUAUAGCUGUGGGACACCAUUUCAGGUCCAACCAACCAAGUUUACCAAAGAUGGACACAGAUGGCAACAAGUCUUGGGUGAGUAG